GAAAAGUGGAGAAAAUGACCCAGGCCCAGGAAUCCUUGACAUUUGACGAUGUGGCUGUGGACUUCACCUGGGAGGAGUGGCAGCUCCUGGCCCCUGCUCAGAAGGACCUGUACCGGCACGUGAUGUUGGAGAACUACAGCAACCUGGUGUCACUGGGUUAUCAAGCCAGCAGACCAGACACACUCUCCAAGGUGGAUCAAGGAGAACCAUCAUGGACAAUGGGAGAUGAAAUCCACUGUGGAACCCAUUCAGAAAUUUGGAAACUUGAUGAUCAUCUGCUGAAGCACUUAAAAAAUGAAAGCAUGGAGAAGAGCCUAGAACAAUGGCAGGAAUAUAACACAUUUCAAAAUUCUGGUCAUCGGAGCAGAACUCAUUUUGUGUUAAGGCAAAAUCAGGACAUGCUGGACUUAGAUGGAAAAAGUAUGAAAUCACAUUUAAAUUUACUUAACCAGAGCAGAAGCUAUGAAAUAAAGAACCCUGCUGAGCUUACUGGAAAUGGGAAAUCCUUUUUCCACACUAACAGUGAAAAAUUUCAUACUGAAAUUAAACUCCCUGAAAGCCAAAAACUGAUCAGCACUAAGUCUAAAGUCAUUAAGCAUCAGAAAACUCAAAAAAUAAGGAAACAUCAUGUAUGCAGUGAAUGUGGGAAAGCCUUUAUCAAGAAGUCUUGGCUCACUGAUCACCAGAAUCUCCAUACCGGAGAGAAACCCCAUCAAUGUAGUCUGUGUGGGAAAGCAUUCUCUAGAAGGUUCAUGCUCACUGAACACCAGAGAACGCAUACAGGAGAAAAACCUUACGUAUGCCCUGAGUGUGGCAAAGCCUUUCUCAAGAAAUCACGGCUUAACGUACAUCAGAAAACACAUACAGGAGAGAAACCCUUUAUGUGCGGUGAAUGUGGGAAAGGUUUCAUACAGAAGGGAAAUCUCAUGGUACAUCUACGGAUUCAUACAGGUGAGAAACCUUACAUAUGCAAUGAAUGUGGAAAAGGCUUCAGCCAAAAGACAUGCCUCACAGCACAUCAGAGAUUUCACACAGGAAAGACUCCCUUUGUGUGCAGUGAAUGUGGAAAAUCCUGUUCCCAGAAGACAGGUCUCAUUAAACAUCAAAGAACUCACACAGGAGAGAAACCUUUCAAAUGCACUGAAUGCGGGAAAGGCUUUAUCGGGAAGUCACAGCUCGUUAUACAUCAGAGGACUCACACAGGAGAGAAACCCUAUGGAUGCAAUGAAUGUGGGAAAUCAUUCAGAGGGAAGUCAGUUCUCAAUAAACAUCAGAAAAUUCAUUCAGUCAAGGUGGACAGUCCUCCCUCAGAGAGUCACAGAUCAUCACAGACCAGUGUUGUCCUGCAGGAGAAAACUGUUGUUAAUAUGGUGACUAUGCAAGUGCCUUCUGUGGCCCCUCAGACAUCAGUCAACAUCAGUGGGCUCCUAGCAGAUAGGAAUGUAGUCAUAGUGGGACAGCCCGUGGCCAGAUGUGCCCCCUCAGGAGGUAACACAGGGUUUGCACAGGAGAGAUAUCUUAUGAAUGCAGUGAAUGUGGUUGUGCCUUCAGAGAUCAAUUACGUCUUAUUUUAUGUCACAGAAAACCAGUAGGAAAAAACUCAGGGACAUUCUAUAUGGAAAAGGGUUGAGCAAAAAUUUCUAGCUCAUAUUAUGGCUGAAAAGUAUAUACUGAGAGAAACUAUAAAUACCGGGACUGGGAAAGCCUGAUAUCCUCAUCCUAUUCAGGAUAUGCAUUGAUACAGAGGCCUAAUCUGAUGUUAACCCAAACACAUUACAUCAAUUGCUCUAUUGUGUCAGUUAAAUGAUGAAGGAAGCCUGAGUUCAAC